CUGACUUCAGGCUCAAUUGUAUCCGCAGGCAAAGGUGAAGCACAACAAGAAGGGAGCGCAACCACCACCCCACCCGUUGUUGUUGGCCUUGUGUUGUUUUUGUUUGUCAAGACAAGCAAGUGUUUGUCUCAGCAUGGAGCGGGCUGUGGAAGAGGCAGAGCGGACGUUAGAAGAGGCCGUGGACCUGUACCGCUGCGAUCGGUGCAUGCGAGCGCGUGCCCUUGUGGACCGCGUGCAGGACUUUGUUGACACGUGCCCUGCAUUCGAUGUGACACGCGGCGACGGCAGCAGCGGCGGCAGUACUACUGCACAAGGUGAUGACGAUGACGUCAGCAAUCUUGAUCAGAACCAGCAACAAGGGACAGCGGGUGAACAGGGGACAGCGGGUGAAGACGGAGAUGCAGAAGCAGAGCCACACCAAGAACAUGAACAACAAGAAGAACUAGGACAUGAACAGCAGCAACAACAAGAACAUGAGCAAGUUGGCGAUGUUGAUGAUAAUGACCAGCAUGCACCUUCUUCUCCUCCUCGCCGCUCAUCUUCAGUCUCGUCGUCAUCGUCGUCGACGUCGGCCCGCGCCUCCAAGAAAGCGGAUGUGGCGGCGCGUGUGGCCAAGUUGCGGCAUCGGCUGGCUCAGGAUGACGUGGUCGUCAUGCUCCGCAAAUACAGCGACGACGUGCAGCAGAUCCGGAGGACACUUGCCAGUGAGGAGGGCUGGACGCUCCAGCGGUCAUCGGGCGGCACCAACACAUAUUACCGACACGAGCGGGAUGCUGCGAUGCACACGAUCCGCGUGGAGGGCUGGAUGGACUUCCCCAUGUUUGAGAUCCUGUCCAUUCUGUACGAGGUGGACCUGCACCCGCAGUGGAUGCCGUCCGCGCUUGGCUUUGGCAUCACAGAGUCCAACGUGGUGCACGAGUUUUCGCCCACAAAGCUGUGGGUGGAGUUCCUCAACUCCAUCCCCUGGCCAUUCUCCAAUCGCAACCUCAGCAUCUUCAUCAACGGGGUCGACUGCCUGGACGAGAGCGAGGCGUUUCGGCGGCAGGUGGUCAUCCUCAUGCGCUCCGCAGAGGCCGACCCAGAGUUUGUGCGCCUGAAGGAGGAGACGCAACACCUCGGCUCCCCGCCAGCGCGGUCUGGCGUCGUCACGGCGGAGAUGCCCAUGGGCGCCAUUGUGCUCACCCCGGCCGAGGUGAACCCGGGCAUGGAGCAGGCGACAGGAACCUUCGUCCAGCUGUAUGCCACCCUGGAUCCCAAGGUGGACGCGCUGCCGGCGUGUGCCGUCGACCUUGGCCUGCGCAAGGUUGCGCAUUUCAUGAUUGACUGCAUGCGGAAGCAGGCGGUAAAGGUGCACAACGACCCGGAGUAUGCCCGCCGCAUAGAGGCCAAGCCGCAGUUCUAUGGGUUUAUCCAGCGUCGCAUGCGCGAAACAGGCUAUGAUGAAGCGGUCAAGCACUAACGCGAGGCGGGCGGAGGGGCGUUGUGUGUGUGCGUGUGUGCGUGUG